GAUAAUAAUUACUAAUGCUAGCUAGUACUGUAUCUCUUUAUCUUCUCAUAAGUGUUAAUUUCAUUUGAAACACUAUUCAUUCACAUUGAAACAGAAUGGCCAAAAAAUACGAAGGACCUGCUAUUGGAAUUGAUCUUGGCACAACUUAUUCAUGUGUUGCUGUAUGGAAUGAGCAAAACAACAGAGCAGAGAUUAUUCACAAUGAACAAGGAAACAACACCACACCUUCUUUUGUUGCUUUCACUGACUCACAAAGGUUGAUUGGUGAUGCUGCCAAGAAUCAAGCUGCUUCAAAUCCAACCAACACUAUCUUCGAUGCAAAGAGGUUGAUUGGAAGGAAAUAUAGUGAUUCUGUUAUUCAAAAUGAUCUUCGGUUGUGGCCCUUUAAGGUUGUUGAUGGAAACGACGACAACCCUGUUAUCGUUGUUAAGUUUAAGAACGAGGAAAAGCGUUUAGUUCCAGAGCAGAUUUCAUCUAUGAUUCUCAUGAAAAUGAAGGAUAUAGCAGAUAAGUUUUUGGAGUCAAAGGUUAAAGAGGCGGUGAUUACUGUGCCUGCUUAUUUCAAUGAUUCUCAGCGAAAAGCUACAAAAGAUGCUGGUGUUGUUGCCGGCCUAAAUGUAUUACGGAUAAUCAAUGAACCUACUGCUGCUGCUCUUGCAUAUGGUCUACAAAGGAGAUCAAAUUGUCCUGAAAGUAGAAAUAUUUUCAUCUUUGAUCUCGGUGGUGGAACUUUCGAUGUAUCCCUUUUAACGAUCAAGAAUAAUGAAUUUGAUGUCAAGGCUACUGCUGGAGACACUCACCUCGGAGGAGAGGACUUCGAUCAGAGAAUGGUAAAUCACUUUGUUAAAGAGUUUAAGAGGAAGCAUAAAAAGGAUAUUAGUGGGAACUCAAAGGCUAUUAGGAGGUUGAGGACUGCGUGUGAGAGGGCAAAGAGGACUCUUUCAUUUGACACAGAGGUUACAAUUGAUAUUGAUGCUUUAUUUGAGGGUAAUGAUUUUUGUUCAUCAAUCACUCGUGCUAAGUUUGAGCAACUUAACAAUGAACUCUUUGAGAAGUGUAUGGAGACGGUUCAAAGUUGUCUUACUGAUGCUAAAAUCGAUAAGAAACUUGUCGAUGAUGUUGUACUUGUUGGUGGUUCUUCUCGGAUUCCAAAAGUACAGCAGCUAUUACAUGACUUUUUCAAUGGAAAGGAUUUGUGUGUGAGCAUAAACCCAGAUGAGGCUGUGGCGUAUGGUGCGGCAGUGCAAGGUGCUUUGUUGGGUAAAGGUAUAAAGUCUUUUCCAAACUUAGUGUUGCGAGAUGUUACACCGCUGUCACUUGGUAUAUCGUUAAAAGACGAUAUCAUGAGUGUAUUGAUUCCAAGAAAUUCUACCAUUCCUGUGAAGACGAAAAAAGUAUUCCACACAUGUGAAGAUGACCAACCUGGUGUCUCAAUCGAUGUUUACGAGGGUGAGAGAAUGAUUGCAACUGAGAAUAACUUGCUUGGUUUAUUUGAACUUGAAAUUCCUCUUGCGCCUCGCCACCUUCCUAUCCAAGUAUGUUUUGCUAUAGAUGCCGAUGGAAUAUUAACUGUCUCUGCAGAGGAAGAAACUAGUGGCAAUAAGAAAGAUAUUACAAUUACGAAAGAAAAUGGUAGACUAUCAACGGAAGAAAUUGAGAGAAUGAUUCAAGAAGCUGAGAAGUUUAAAGACGAGGAUAUUAAGUUCCAGAAGAAAGUUAAAGCCAUGAAUGUUUUGGAUGAUUACCUCUAUAACAUGAGAAAAGUUAUGAAGGAUGGUAGUGUUACUUCCAUGCUUAGCUCGACGGAUAAAAUGAAAAUCAAUGCUGCAAUGAUUAAAGGAAAGAAUUUGAUUGAUGACAAAGAGCAUCAAGAAACAUUUGUGUUUGUCGACUUUUUGAGGGAACUCGAGAGCAUCUUUGAAUCUGCUUUGAAGAAGAGCAACAGAGGUUACUCCGAUGAGGAAAGUGAUUCUGAUUGAUAAUCUUUUGCUUAUUUCAUUUAUGUUUAUGAAUUUCAGCUUCUUCAUUUGUACUGUUGGACCUGUUUGUUUUGCUUCUUUGAUAACUUGAGCUUGUUUCUUUUAAUCAUA